AUGGGCGGCGCUGGAGGCGCUGGCUCCAACGACCGGAUCGCCCUAGACGGGACUGGCAAGUCUCGGGGCGUCUUUUCCGGUACUUUAAUAUGGAGCGCAGACAGAAAUUACUGCGGUGGUGGAACUGGUGCUUGCACGCUCAACUAUCAUCUCAGGGUGCAGCAAAUGUCUACGGCCGACCAUGUCCAUCAAAGCUCGACCAAUACAACCAGGGCUCUCUUAAACAGGCCGUCCGCUGACAACUCAACUACUCUGAUCGAACGGCACAAAAUCAGCAGUGGAUAUAUGCGCGAUGCCAUCAUCGGCCUUGCAGAUGGCCUCACGGUACCAUUUGCCCUGACGGCUGGGCUGUCCUCAAUAGGCUCCUCGAAACUAGUUAUUGUCGGUGGUCUUGCUGAACUAUUUGCUGGCUCUAUCAGCAUGGGGCUUGGAGCGUACUUGGCCACCUCGACCGAGAGGAAGCAUUACCAGAUCGAGCUUGACCGCGAACGUCGCCAGGUCACCAUGUCGGCCGAUCAAGAAGAAGAGAUUAUGGUCAAGAUAUUCGAAGGCUACGGUGUUGGUAGAGAGGAGCUCCGACCGCUGGCGCGGCGGCUGAGAAGUGACGCAGAUGCAUGGAUUCAGUUCAUGAUGGACUUUGAGCUCCGACUAGAACGGCCGGGGCAAUUGAAACCCUGGCUAUCUGCGAUCGUCAUGGGCCUUGCGUAUUUUCUCGGAGGCCUUAUUCCGAUGAUUCCGUACUUCGCCCUCGCGGUCAAGGCCGCCCUCUUCGUCUCCAUUGGGGUCACUGCUGCCAUGCUCACUCUAUUCGGGUUUUUUAAGGCGACGAGCAUGGGGCUAGCUCGCCGUGCAGCUGCUUUCAGCUCUGCGGAGACAUUGUUGAUUGGGGGUUUGGCGGCUGCGGCGAGCUACGGUAUUGUCAAAGGCGUCGAUUCUGCUAUCCAAGUGAACCCUGGAGGCGUCUGA